AUGGCUAAUGAAAUUGAUUCUAAGAAGGGAAGCGGAUUAUCAAACAUGACUUUAGGAUUGAUUGUAGCAGCAGUUGUCGAACUGUUGCUGAUGUCGGCAUUGAUUGCAUAUAUCAUUAUAAAGUCAAGAGAUGACGAUGAUUCUGAUUCAAGUUGUGUAGAAAUGGACGAAGAAGUGAUGGGAACUGUUGGUUUAGAUCCUACUGCAACAAUUACUCAUGAUAAUGCUUUGUUUACAAUGAGCACAAUGAUGGAGGAUGAUCCAUUUGCACAAGACUUUGAAGAUGCACCACCAAAUGAAGCUUUUUAUGCUGAUUUGAAUUCUCCAAAUGCAUAA